AUGAGAGAGGCAGGUUCGGGGAGUAUAUUUGAGACAUUGCGGCUUGGUAAACCUUUAAUCGUGGUGGUGAAUGAAGAUUUGAUGGACAAUCAUCAAAGCGAGCUGGCAGAGGAACUGGCAGAGAGGAAGCAUUUGCUUUGUGCUCGCCCUCAAACACUCUACCAAAUCAUUACGGGUAUGAAUUUGGAAUAUCUUAUUCCAUAUCCUCCAGGUGAUGCCACACCAGUUGCUAAACUCAUAAACAGGUUUCUGGGUUUCCCUGAUGAUUGA